AUGGGCGGCGGUGAAACCCCUGCAGGCGAUGAGAAAGAGCGAGACGGUGAGUCCUGCAUAGCCGUUGCCAUCUGCAGUUGAUGACUCUGUUUAAUCUAAACUCACAGCUUUUUAGAGUGGCAACAAGGCGUAAGCACAUUCCACAUUGAUUUUUCAUCUACAGGUUUGAUAAGCAGUCUGAUUUUUCCACGUGAUGCAUCGAAUAUGAUAAUGCGAAAAUAUCUCCUGACACAUCUAUUCCUCUUAACGCACUUAAAUUAUGCAAAAAACAUGCACUUAGGCAACAGCCACCGUAUGAAGUCCUGCAAUAGUGCGUAGUUCAAACGGGUUGUAAUUAGCUUAUCAGCACAAUGAAUGCUGAGGUCCACGUUUUGUCUCCAACCAACGGCAGUUUUUCUGGCUUGUUUCUUAAGCUUACCAUACAGAAGAUAAGAAUUGCACGGUAGACUGAAAUGAGUUUCGUCUGCGCAUAUCAAAUCUGUCCUGAAUCCUAACAAGAAGCGUAGUGGAUUUUGAGUUUGGUCCGUCCAGUGAGUCAGGAAGUAAUGAGAUGCCGGUAUGUCAUAAAUUCGAGGCACGCCCGGGAUGUCGGGACGACCUCCAGCUGCGCUGCCGAUUUGUUCACGCUGUGCUUGGUAAGCGAUUGGCAGAUCGACAUUUCGACCGAUAGGGCUUUCAUUUAAGUCGAUCUACAAUCGCUUACCAAUCACCGCGUGAACAGAUGAGCAGCGGAACAUGCUUGUUCCGUUGCGCUUUGGGGUUCGUACUAGAACGCUCGUAGGCAGUCCCACAGCGAGUAGUAGCAGAAGUAAAUGACAUGAUCGGUGGGCGUUCAUCUGUCGUAAUUGAUAUUCCCAAGCACAACCGACAGGACGACGGGCCCGUGGCUCAACGGUAGUGUCAAACUCCAUGACCAAAGAUCCCGGGUUCGAAUCUCAGGUGAUUCGCACUUGGGAUUGGGUAUGACUGGCUGAUUACAGCAAAUAAGCCAGAAAUGGCCAUUCCGACAUGCCUUGUCUUUGUGGGUACCAUGUCAUUUACAUCUACUCCUAGUCACUGUGCGCGUGCCUGCGAGGGCUCUAAUUUGAGCCUCAGGCCACAAUGGAACGAGGACGUUCCGUAACCUGCUCGGUUAGCGUCAAUCUCUCAUGACAUAUAGUAUAUAUAUUCGGAAGAAAUGAGUUCUUUGGGAUAGAUAAACAAAUCUAAUUGUCCAUUUUACACUUGGGUUCCCCAGGUCUUUCUCAGCCCCGAAGUAAUUGUGCCAAAUGGUUGACAUUUAAACGUGCCUAAAAAUCGAUUUUGCUCUGUCACUUCUGCUGGCGUAAUGUUCUGAUUGGCUGACGCCUUUUCCACUUUCUUUGGGGUUACUGUACAUAGCACCCAAUUCUAAGUGUUCAAAUAAUGCAUGAGUUAUCAGAAUGAAUGGCCUCUAAAAAUUCACGAUCUUUCUUGGAUAAGCAGACACCUACAAUGUGAGUCUUGUUCCAGGCGAAUUUGUGUCCAGUUUUCAGCGUAUGCAUACCAACUUGGGACAAGUGGUGUCGCCUUUUACGUCCAGUUGAUUUUCGUGUAUUCGUGUAGAGGCCGAUUUUCCAGUUUGACCACAGUAAACCGAAUUGUAGGUGUUGCAUGGUAUCUUAUAGACGACUUCCUUCUUAUCUAAAUAGCCAACCCUAUCCUUGGGAUGUUCAAGCUGGUUACGAAGUGUAGUCGUCGCCUUCUAGUCACGUAAAUUUGGUUCUUCCUCAAAAGUUCGUCAACCAGUUUGGUCACACUCUCAAUGUACGGAAGUGUUUGCCUUUUUUUUAGUUUGGACGCCUGAUCGGAACCAUCUAGUUUCUUGUCUUUUCUUUUAACUCUUGUCGUCUCAUGCAUCGGUGUACAAAUGAUCUAAAAUGCACAUUCCGAGAAAACAAGUUAAGCAAAUAAUUGAGUUUUGUUUGAUAGGUUGCGUUGUCAGAGCAGUGAGUUAUUGCUCGGUUGAGGAGGCUGUUGACGGCACUCCGUUUGUGAGAGAUCGGGUGAUUGCUCUCGUACUGUUUUUCUUGCGGUAAGCUGAAGUGUGAAAUGUUCCGUCUGGCUUUCUCUGUACGAGGACAUCAAGAAACGGGUAGCCUCUUCUGAGAGAAAUCAAGUUUUACCCGUCAGUUGAAAUUACCUGUGUAAGAGUGAGGUAUCCACACUAGGUACAUACAAACAAGCGGAUCGUGAGUGAGGGGUGUGGGCUGCGGUUGCGGCUCCCCUGUGCCCACUCCUUUCACACCCAAGUAAUUUGGCUGGGCAUCUCAUUCGCUGCUUUGUCCCUUUAAUCUGACAACGGUUCGUUGCUGACAACUUUAAAAUUCGCAAGUACAACUUGCCUUCUUUUCAAAGAACCUCCUUUUCAUUAUAUCGUUCCGGAAUUCAUAGUACAGCUCCUUUUCUACGUCAAUGUUCAAUGUUCUUUAUCGAAAUAAAUUAGACAACGGGCGCCCGGUGCAGUGGUAGAAAUGUGGACGUUUAGACAUUCAAUGAGGAAAGCUUCGGGAUUCAAGUCCAGGCCCAUAUUAACCUAUGGUUGGACAUGGCUGGCUGACGAAGGCCGAAAAGUCACACAUGGCCAUCCCUGUCUCCAUUAGUGGUCGCUGUACGUCGGCCUGCGCGAGCUCUAGGCACAGAGGGAGGGGCGUUUCCAGCGAAUGUCUCUCUGGUCUAUCUCAUUAAAUGCUAGUAGGAAUAAUGAAAUUUGCCUACAAUUCCAAAAGGCUCCUUGGAUGGACCUGUUACACUGAUUCUUGUACAGCACAUCUCCAGGAUAUUUCAAUUCAGCAAGGAUGUCCAGCUUACGAAUUAGUUCUUUUCGGGGCGCCUGGAAAAUGACACCAGACAAAACGUGACAACUUAAGCAGUAUUCAUUUUUCACAUUGGUCUUCGAUACUAUUAUAGACUCAGAUAUAUUUUGGAGAAAAAAUGAACAUAACCUUCUCUGCCGUACUACUUUGAUACCAAAUUACGUCUUCUUCAAAGUGUUUACUUAAAGAAGGCGCAUCUUUCAUGCUAGAUAAAGAUGGUGAUCAUGAGAUUUUUAAAGACCAUGAAAUGUCCAUUCAUGCAGUAUCGCAAGUGUAAACUUCUAAAUGUUUUUUAGAGUAUAAACAUGUUUCAAAUGCAUAAAAAACUGUAUGAAUGCUAAACGAUUUUUUCUCAAUAAUUAGAGGAAGAGCACAGUUCUUCUUAAAAGAUACGUAUGCAGGAUUUAGUUUUGAAACCUUGAGCGUAAGUAUAAAUGCAGGUUCAAGAUUAUUAAGGUCUUUCGGAUUUUUUUAAAACCAAACCAUACCUUUCUUCGGUAUAAACUUUAAAAAGAUUUGAUUUGCUGCCAGAGGAUUGAAAGAGUGCAUGCUUUCUAUAACAUACUUGAAUUUAUGAAAACAUCGGUAAUCAAUGGGAAGAAUUAAUACUACUUAGGUAUUGGUUUUUUACGAGGGGGCGUUUUGCACGCAGUUCGAUAAAAGCUCAUUCAAAAGCCGGAGUCAGAGUAUGACUAAAAUAUCUCAAAAUUAUGCUGCGCGAUGACUGAUAUUACAACCGCGCUCAAGUUGUCCCUUUUAUCUAUAAACACAUUGCAGAAUUUCAGACAACACUUCGUGAGAUAGCAUAUCUACUGUAAAGGCAUAUAUGUUUAUUAGCUAGCCUUUCAUAACACAACAGGUUGAUACAAAAUCGCAGCAUAAGUUCGAAUAAAUGCAAAUAUUUAUUGUCGGAAGUAUCUAAAACACAAUGGAGGCGGUGUCUGUAGUAGUCAACAACAACUAUUUCUAUUAAAAUAGUGUAUGCCACGUCCAUGGAUGACGAAAAACAAUUUCUUCGCUCUGUCAAUGGCGGCGGAACAACCACUAAUCCCACACUGAGUGUUUCAAAUAAACCUGUGUGCUGGCCAAAAGUACAAACAAAAAUUAACUGGGAAUUUCGCCACCUUCCUACUUUCGAUUACCCGAAACGCGAUUAGUUGACCUUGCGGCUGAUUAUAUCGUUAUUAGUUGAGGACGAAACCAGAUGUUGACAUCAUUUGACGUGCCACCCUCCCCCGCAUCUACAGUAUGUGUGCUAACUCAUGAAAUGUCAACCGAAAUUCCGAAAUGCGGUUUCGUUUUGAAAAGAUUAAUUGAGUAAGAUUUUACAUCUAAUCAUCUUGCAGUAUAAUUGCAUAAUAAUUCAUUUGCCUUGGGAUGCCGGCUUUUGAACGAAUUUCUUUCCGGCUACGUGCAGAAACAAUGCCCUGUAAAAAGUGACUGCUCAAGUCGCAUGCAUUUUUCUUAAUGUCCUCGUUGUCCUUUUCGUAGAAAACACACAAAAAUAUUAUUUCUUUCACUCAUUCGGUAAAAAUUACGUCUUCAUUCAAGUUUAUGCCCGAAGGAAGGGCAUAGUUUGGUUUUUAGAAAGUUUCUCAUUGCGGGAUUUUUUAAUACCGUGAAAUGGCCCUUCAUAAAUCAUGUGUCUGCAUUUUCGAAAACCGAAUUGUGCCCUUUUCGGAGUACAAAAUUGGAAGAAAAGUUAUUUUCUACUGAAUGAGUAAAAGAAUGUAUAUUUUUAUAUAUGUUUUCUCCGAAAUCUAAUUGAUUUGUUAAGAGCAUCGAAAUCAAUGAGAAAAAUGCAUGCUACAUAUGUAGCCUCUUUUUACAGGACAGUGUUUUUGCACGUAGCCGGAAAGAAAUUCGUCCGAAAGCCGGCCUCCCAAGCCAACUGAAUUAUUGUGCAAUUAUGCUGCAUGGUGAUUAGUUUUGUAAGCCUACUUAAACAAUCUUUUCAAAAUGAAAAUGCAUUUUGGGAUUUCGGCUAACAUUUCAUGAGUUAGCGCACUUACUGUAAAGAAGUCACAUAAGAGGCAGAGGGAGAGAGCUAGAGACAGAUAGAGAAUCAGUUAAAAAAUGUGCACAGCAAUGCCUCUCCUUGAGUCUUCAUUUCACUCUGUAUACCUGUCUUUCAUCUCCUCGUCUUACGCCGGUGCAGACGGGACACCGAGAGUCGCCCCAACAAAAUCAGCCGACCUCAUGCUGAAGCUGUUGAAGGAUGUCUCGACGUCCAAGUUGGUGCCUUCAACAUCAACGUCCCCAGCAACCAAUGGCGUGGAUCAACCAAGCGGAUCCUCUCCGGCUGCCAAGGCUGAGCUGCCCAUCCUCUACACACCCAAUCCUGGUAAAAAGUAUGCUUGUUGCGUGUGCGAGAACAUCCUACGAAGACCUGUGCAGUUCCACGUCUGUGGACACAACUGCUGCUCCAAGUGCUUUACCGACUUAAUGGCGUGAGUCAGCAACGGUACUUUUACUAGUCUGAAAUCAGACGUUAUGAUCGGGUCACUUGUAGAGUCUGUGAAAGUAUAAAUGAGAUAAAGAUAAAUCGGCGGGGCAGCAAGGAGUCUGGCAAAUUCUCUGUUUCGAGCUUGGUCAUAGCCUCGUAGGUUAUCUAUAUCCUUGAACACCAUCUUCGAUCGGAGGUACAAAGGAUCUGCACAAAUACUACACAAUCGGUCUGAGUAAUCGCAGUUUCUUUUCUGCCCUGUGAAAGAGAGGAACAUGUCGUUGAGACUUUUCCAUUCAAAAGGAGUCUCGCACCUUAAAAUGGCAUUCAGUCAUAUUGCUGCUACGGUUAAAAACUUACCAGUCAGUCUUUGUUCUAGUCUGCUAACUUAUCGCACCUUAAAAUGGCAUUCAGUCAUAUUGCUGCUACGGUUAAAAACUUUCCAGUCAGUCUUUGUUCUAGUCUGCUAACUUCUACCCCGCCCGAAGAUGUGCGCCUGAACAUACGUAGCUGUUUAACUGGUCUCCUACGACCAGCGAAGCAUCAACAAACAUUACUGGCUGAGGAAGAUGGAGUGUGUUCUCCGAGAUCAAGUCAAAGGUCUAGGGAAACGGUUUAUAUCUGAGCAAUUCCACCUACAGUGACUUUUAAUUAAUAUAUCGAUUUUUCCUAGCUGCUCUUGGCAAACCAACGACAGAUUGAUGUCUGCUGACUGAGUCAUCGUUUGAAGGGCACGUGCGAGUAGGUUUGCGGACGCUUUAACCGACCUGGUAAACGCCAAACUAGUAACUGGGUUGCACACUUUAACCAAAUUUAGUAGGCACUCAUUAGCACCCAAACUGUCGCCCGACAUGCGGAUAGCAUACAAAAGAGAUUGACAUUUUAAUCAUGCUUCACAAAGGACUCGUUUGCUGACUAACGUUUACUGCAUUAGACAGACGUUUUAUCCAGUGGUCUGACCGGAGUUUACUGCGCAGUUCCAACUUGUGGUUUUGAAAAUCCUGCAUACGACAUCUCAGUCAAAAUGCCUACUGAUAUGUGCCUUGUCUGGAUUCACUGCCCAGAAUUAUCCGCCGCCUUCGUUUGCUUGGCAGACAUCAACGUUGCGGAUUUUCUCCCAUGAAAAUGAGUGCUCUGUAUCCAGCGUUUGCAUAGCCACCCGAAAUAGAUGGCCUCCUCUACGUACAUCUGGCUGGUAUUGAUGAACACGACUGGAGCUACGUUUUUUGGUUGGCCAUAAUAGACUGGGUCGCAUUUGGUGCAUGAAACUUUUCGCUUGAAGCAGAAAAACCUGUACAUGGGGUGUCGUGGUUUUUUGUUCCAGCAUCAUUCGGUGUGCGGUAAUGCAUGAGGCGACAAAGCCUAAUGAGGAGAACGGCUUUUAGACGACGGCCUUGCGAAUGUUUCCUGACUUUGGGAAUUUAACUGGGCAAGUUUCAUGUCGGUUGAAAAUAACGCCUUACUUUUGGAUUACGAAAGUCGCACCACCUACUAUAUCCCCAAUUUAAUCUCGUCUAUACUCCCCCACCCUUUCCUGACACAAGCCGUAUAUUCGUUUGUAGAAGAUAACUAACGUGCCUAGUAAGAUUACUUUUUUUUCAAAAUUGAUGCCUCUACGGUUUUUGCCCCCCGAAGCGCGGGACAAAACGACGCAAAGAGAAAGAAUCUGUGUUAUUCCAACCAGGUUAGUCCUUCCUUGCAUGAAGAGUGUGUGUAAUAAUGUUGAGAAAGACAUCUGAGACCGCAUCAAAUACUGGUGUCUCAAAAACUGACGGCAACGUUACGCACCCUAGGGAUAGGGCUGGAUAUUUAUAUAAAAAGGAUGCAGUAUACUGUGAUCACACCGUCAAACCUGUUUUUAAAAACGUGCAUGGACUCCGGUUGAUAGGGUACAGGCGAUAGCACCUGUUCCAUGUAGUUAUGCAUGCUCUGGAUACUGGGCGCGCCCUUAUCUGUGACAGAACUCACAUUUCAUAAGAUUUUUCGACAGAUUUGAAUAAUUCCUCUGACCCAGCUGUGAAAUACGUGAUGUCAAAUGAAUAAUUAAAGUUUGCGAGACUACCUAUUAACUAAUCGAGCGUGGUAGUCGUACGAUGGAUUCUAGCUUGGUUGCUGCGGUAAUCUCGUUUAAAAAGUCUGCUUAGUAUAUUCGGAUUGAUGGAUAUUAUACGCUGACUUUACACAGACAUGAUUAAAUUCACGGACCCCCCAACAGGGAUUCGUAGCUCCGGUGGUUAGGACUGUGUCAGUACUCAAGCCUCGUCUUUGCUCUUGUGGUUUCGAAUCCCACGAAGAUUGCUAAAUUUUUCUAUAGAUAAAUUAAGUGAAGAAAUAGCCAAGUUGGUGUCCACUCAUUUAAGCAAUAUCGAGAAGUCCUCAGGACAUACGCCCAUGUGAAGCAUGUUCAAGUUGGUAUAAAGAUGUAAGUCCUUUAUACAAGAAUAAAAAGGAGGAAUGGAAGAGACGGCAGUCAAUACAAACGCGAUGACUGCCUUUGGCGAUCGCUUAUUGGCGCAAAAGGUAGACAGUGAUUGGUUUUAGGACGCAUUUGAAGGAUUAACUGUCUCGCGAAUUUGCCUCAUGUCUACAGACCUGCCGGGUGAUAAACGUUCCAAAAGUAUAGAAUCGACAUCACCGUUUUUUCAUGGCACAUGUUUAUCUCAAAUAUGCAUGCAUAUGUUGCCCAAUCAAGUGAAAACGUGCCUACUUCCGCAGGGAUGAAAAGAGUAUACCAUAGAAACAGACAUACAGUAGAUGUGCUAACUCAUGAAAUGUCCAAAAAAAUUUCGAAAUGCGUUCUCGUUUCGAAAAGAUAAACUAAGCAGUAUUGUAAAACUAAUCAUGAUGCAGCAUAAAUCUAUAAUGAUCCAGUUACCUCAGGGCGUCGGCUUUCGAAAGAACCUUUUUUCGGCUGCAUGCAAGAUCUAUACUCUGCAAACAAUGACUGCUUAUGUAGCAUGCAAUUUUCUCAUUGAUUUUCGAUGUCCUUGAAAAUUCAAUUAUAUCUCAUGGAAAACAUGGAUAAAAAUAUUCAUUCUUUUACUUAUUCGGUAGAAAAUCACGUCUUCUUUUUAAUUUCGUGGUCAAAAGAAGAGUUUAAUUCGGUUUUAGAAAACUUUUCUAAUUCCCGAAUAAUUUCGAACCCGACCUGCUGUUACACUUGCAUUCAGCGUUUCAAAACUACAAGCUGUAUAUUUUCCGUGUACGGAAAACCAUUCAUUUCUCUACGGUGUUAAGAGGAGACCAUAUGAGGUUCAUAAAAUUAAGCAGCGGAUUUGAGUAAUAUUGUUAACUUUACAAGCCACAUUCGUAAAUGCAGAUACAUGACGUUUCAUGAACGGCCAUUUAACGGUAUUAAAAAAUCUCACAAUUAGAAAGUUUUUAAAAACCGAAUUAUAGUUUUCUUUUGAGUAUGAAAUUGGAGGAAGACAUAAUUUUCUACUGAAUAAGUAAAAGGAUGAAUAAUUUUAUGCAUGUCUUUUAUGACAUAUAAUUGAAUUUUCAAGGGCAUCGAAUAUCAAUGACAAAAUUGCAUACUACUUAAAUAGUCAUUUUUGCAGAGUAUAGAUCUUGAUUGUAGCCGAAAAUAAGUUCAUUCGAAAGCCGACACCCUGAGGUAACUGGAUCAUUAUAGAUUUAUGCUGCAUAAUGAUUAGUUUUACAACACUACUUAAUUUAUCUUUUCGAUACGAGAACGCAUUUCGAAAUUUUGGUUGACAUUUCAUGACUUAGCACACCCAUGAGUUAGCAAUAUCUUUUAGUUUCUACCGUAGACAAACUUUGGCGUUGCGCCUCACUGGAUCUAAAGGGAAUCAAACCUAAUCACAUAUUCCGGUCUUUAGAACUGCACUGAGAAAAUGGUGGUGUUUUCGAAACCAGAUCGGUAUUGGUCAUCUGGAAACCGGCCGAGGGGAAUCUUCUUAUUCGGCAACAAAAAAACUCGAACAGUUAGAACGUCCUUGCCAAGGACCGCAUUUAAAGCGUCGGCGCACGAGAUGCUUCAAGUUUGAAUCAUAGGAGCCAUAUCUGCCAGCUGAAAGCUUAGUCCAUACGCCCAUUUUCUCGAUAAAUCUGCGGAAAAUAAUUAGAGCCCCCCAUUUUCUGUCACAUAAUAUCGAUUCCUCUUUGGGUUGGUUCAUCUGAUCUCUGAUUUAGUUUCACUUCAUAUUCUCUACUUGCACGCUCCUCGUCUGAUUGGCUUGGCUGCAACAGCAGUAACUCCUGCGAGGCGACUUAGGUCUCAGCCUGAUCAAGGGGCAGGCAAUAGCACAAAGCUUGGCAGACCUUGGGAAGGUCAGCUUGUCGAUUAAUUGGACUUAUACGUGCAAAAUACGUCCAACAUGAGGCCGCCUUGCCUGCGAAUAAUUUCGAACCAGGAGCGCAGUUCACUUGAAAGCCGGAGGUAAAGGGGGGCCGCUGGACGUAUUAUUCCAGCUGGUCCUUGUGUAGACAGAUAUCCAUUUGUCGUUUGGUUCCCCCAAGCUCUAGCUUUUACCUGCUUUUGGACCCAUGAUAUCUGCAAGCACUCAGGAAAUAAGGUGAUUGGUUGAAAUGGGGGACUCAAUAUCUAGAUUGAAGGAAGUAGAGUGGUACUUCUCGUGCCUGAGGCAAAACGAAAUCAAAUGAGCCAGUCCCUUUUAUCCAACGUCGAUUUACGCCCGCCAUGUAGUCCGUUCAGUGCCACCGUUAGAGGAGAAAACUUCUCACGUCUCCUCUCCGGUCUCAGAAUGUCUCUAAGUGGUUGGCCGUACUAGUUCUAUGUGCAGCAUCAAAAAAAGGUCCCCCAUGAAAUCAUGUACUAUAUCGUAAACUAGCAUAGCUAUGCAAUUCUAGUCAGUAUGACUUCCCGAAAGAACAAUCCCGUCCCACAAAGUUGUCUUACUACGGUGGACAUCCCGAGUGGGAAGUGUAACUCUGGAGAAGGUGUCAAGUGCUAUCUUUCAAACGCAACACAAACUUCGUUACACUUACUCACCGGUCAUCUAUAGAAUGGCUCUGUGGACAUGGUCUGCGUGAAACGGCUGGGGAUUAGAAUUCUUCCAGUACAUAAGAACUCCUACUAAGUACGUGAACCUGGUAAUCAUCUGGUGACUUUUGGAUUGAUUACCUAGGAAAUCGUGUCUGGGCAGUCAGCUUACAGUAUCAGAUUUGGUGGACUUCACACGUUACAGAAGAAUAGGUGGGCAGAUUUUCCCAAAGGUGAUUGAAAUUACGGCUCCCGGUGGAACCUCGUAGCUCUGGUGGCUAGACCGUUGGCUGUGCUGAAACCUUCCCCUUUUUUAUCAUGGGUUCGAAUCGCACUAAGGUCGCCGAGUUUUUCACAGUUGGGUGAGAAUGAAUUAUUCAAAAUUUGCCGAAACUCCUAUUAACAUACAAACUUCUCGUUUAUGUUUGAUCCACUGUCGGACAAUAGGGAUGGAUAACAAUCGGGAGAUGGCACCCAAAAAAUCCGUUACCUAGAAAUACUACCUUUAACAGUGGACUCAAACGCCUUCAGGCUAUAUCAGCGGUUGCAGGCCUACUUUCACGCACCGCUUGGACUUUCCCCGACAACCUAACAUGGGCUGCCCGAACGAACAUCGCAGGAGGUUACAUGGACGAUGGCCGCUAUUACCCAACCUUCCCCAUCGUUACACACAUACACCUGAAUAUACGGCAUACAUACGCAUUAUGGCAGUUUAUUACAAAACAAAAUCACUUUUAAAUAGGAUAAGUCUGCACAACAUGGGACAGGAACAGUUCCCAGGCAUCUGUCAAAGACAUGGCAUUGAGGCCAAACCAAAGACGAGACUAUACAUCGUCUAUGUGGGCCCACACAGCUUGACCACAUACAGGGCCUCCCUCGUGGAGUUUCCUUUUCAGUCUACUCCAAUAUGCCGCAAUGGCAUUGGUGUGCCGUCCGGUGGUAGGGGCCUUGAAGUUCUUUGAGUGGUUAACAGAGAAAUGUAGAUAACCUUCAGAGGGAAGACGAUUAUACGCCUCCCACUCGUCCGUUGUCACUAUACUGCCUUUGGCGACGCAUUUUUUAAUAACGGGACGGAGAGCGGGCCAACUUCGAUCAUUCAUGUGUUCAAAUAAGGCUUUCUGCCAGCUAGUAUCGUACAUCCCCACCAGCCAUUACCCAUAAAACCCCUAUUACCGCCUGUCCCGUAAAACAGGCUGCUUUCGUUAGGCGGAUUUUUUUGGGUGCCAUCUCCCGAUUGUUACCUAAAAAAUAACUACUUAAUUAGUUUGCGUCUUUUACAUUGAUUUUCGAUGGUGUUAUAAAUUCAAAUAUAUACUUUAUAUAAUCAUGCACAAAAAUGUGCUUUCUUUUACUCGUUCGGUAGAAAAUCCCAUUGUCUUCAAAUUUUAUACCCAAAGACAGUGUAUAUUUAAGUCUUGAAAAAGUUUCCCAAUUCCUGAAUUGUUUCGAGCCUGAUCAGCCGUUGCACUAGCGUUUAGCGAUUUCAGUCUACGAGGUGUAUGCCUUCCGCGUAGGGAAAAUCAUGCACUCCUCUAUGCCCAUCUCCCGAUUGUUACCUAGGGAUGUGAUGGUAGGGGAUGUACACCGAUCGUGCUUACGGAAUUCACUCGUUCCAUUGUGCCUUACGGGCUCUAUCUCGAGCCCAACCAGCAGCCGCACAGCGGCGAAUGACAUAGGCAGUAUGUCAUUACCUACAAAGACAAGGUAGACUGGAAUGGCCAUUUAUGGCUUAUUAGUCGUCGUUAGCCAGUCAUACCCAACCCUGAAGUGUGGAACACCCGAGGCUCGAACUCGCGACCUGUUAGUUAGAAGUUCACGUCUCUAACCACUGGGCCACGAGCCCGUUGCCCUGUCGGUUUCGAUCGGGAAUAUACAAUGGUAGGGGGCGCUCACCGAUCGUUCAUACGGAACUCACUCGUUCCAUUGUGCCUUAAGGGCUCUCUCUCGAGCCCAACCAGCAGCCGCACAGUGGCGCAUGAUAUAGGCAGUGUGUGAUGUGGUAAGAUCGCAUGGGGCAUGUGUCAAAACGAUCGCCAUCUAUUGUUUGUUUAAACCACCGGACAGACUUCCUCUUCUAUAACAGCCUAUAGCAUUUAUGGCUGAUUAGUUAUGAUGACGAAAGUAUUCCCGAAUCCCUGCCUGAGACCGAUGUCCAAGUCGCACAAGUCAAGUCACAAGAGGUUUUUAAAUCCUCACUGACCAAACCUUUCAUAUGCUAAACACCGCGUGUGUCCGACCGCAUGAUGAAUAUUAAGAGAAAUCUUCAAAAGUGUUCCUAGACAUUUAAAUUCGAGAAGAAUGUGAAGAUUCGGGCGACUAGGCCUGCUCCUUCAUCUUCAUGCCAUAGUGAAGGCAGAAACCAAUUGCCAUUUUGGAACCAUAAAAGUGCUUAGUGGUCUAGAUGAUGCUGCUUAUGCCGGAGGAAGUACUGACAAAGUCAAGAGGAACUGGGAUGGUCCUUCCUGGCACAUUUGCCGUCGUCAGCCAGCCAUACUCAGCCCCAAGUCUUGAUAACCCAUGAUUCGAACCUGAGUUCUCUGUUCAUUGGGCGUUAAGUAGUCCCUCUCUUUACCAUUUAGCUACGGGCUCGUUGUCCUCUCGGUUGUUAUAGGGAAUAUUUAAUAUAGUAAAAUUACCUUCACCGAUCGAGGUAAGGGGCAUGCUCGUCCCUUUUUUAGCUUCUUAAUACGCCCAGUAUUCGCGGGAGGGUAAAACAGCAGCUCACUUAACGUGCGAGUAUAGGUAAUUGGGAAAAUAAUUAUUCGCGGACACGUAUCAACCGAUGAAAGCAGUUUCCAGGAAAAUCGGCCCUAUCCCUCACCCUUUUGCCAGUGAGGAAGCGACUUUGUCCCCUGAGGAGUUCUAGACGGCUCUUCGGAUUAUAACCCCGUCUAGACUUAGAUGCCAGGCCCUCAUUUAGUUUACAGCUUAGAUGUAACCUGACGGCAGCAGACCCUUUCCCUGUGCACUGUUUAGUUGGCAUUAUUUGGAAAAAAAACGUUCUCAGCUGGUCAUCGCCGACCAUCAUUGGUCAACUUUUUCGUUAUCCAGUCAUUUUUCUACUUUUCUACAAAUUUUGUUACCUUCCAUUUUCUGGGUGGCUUUGAUCUUUGUCGCUCAUUGGUCUGUUUCCGAUCGACCACUUUCCAGAUAUCUGUCCAAAUGCUCCAGAUCUUAGUUCGGGUUUAAUCGUUACACGGAUUCUCUCAGUAAAUCAGGAAAGCCUACCGUUUACACCAGAAGCUUUGAUUGGAACUAUGAAGUUUAAAGGUACAUUAAGUGGGCUAACUCAUGAAAUCUCAACAGAAAUUCCGAAAUGCGUUUCCGUUUCGAAAAGACUAAUUAAGAAGGGUUGUAAAACCAAUCAUCGUACGGUAUAAUUCUAUAAUAAUUCAGUUACAUCAGGACGACGGCUUUCGAACAAACUUCUUCGCGGCUGCAUCUCAAAACCACACUCCGUAAAAAAUGACUACUUAUGUGGCAUGCAUUUUUUCCAUUGAUUUUCGAUGCACUUAAAGAUUAAAUUAUAUUACAUGGAAGACAUGCAUAAAAAUAUUCAUUCUUUUGCUCAUUCAGUAGAAAAUUGUAUUUUUUUUAAUUUUACACUUUUCCAAUUCACGAAUUACUUUAAACCCGACCUGCCUGUGCAAUUGCUUUCAGGGUUCCCAAACUAUCAGUCAUAUAAUUUUCAUGUACGGAAAACCGUACAGGUCUCGACGGUAUUAAGAGGAGACCAUAUGAGGUUCAUAAAAUUACGCAUUGGAUUUGAACCACGUUAACUUUACAAGCCACAUUGGCAAAUGCAGAGACAUGACGUCUUAUGAAGGGCCAUUUCACGGUUUUAAAAUGUCUCACAAUUAGAAACUUUUUCAAAACCGAAUUAUAUCCUUCCUUCGAGUGUAAAAUUGACAGAAAACGUAAUUUUCUAAUGAACGCGCAAAAGAAUGAAUACUUUAAUGCAUGGUUGCCAUGAAAUUUAAUUGAAUAUGUAAGUGCAUCGAAAAUCAAUGAAAAAAUGCAUGCUACAUAAGCAGUCAUUUUUUACAGAGUAUGGUUUUUACAUACAACCGGAAAGAAGUUUUUUCGAAAGCCGGCGUCAUGAGGUAACUGAAUUAUUGUAAAAUUAUGCUGCACGAUGAUUCGUUUUACAACCCUGCUUAAUUAAUCUUAUCGAAACGAACGUGCAUUUCCGGAUUUCGGCCAACAUUUCACGAGUUUGCCCACCUACUGUAGUCUUCAGUGCUAGUGAUGUUUCUUUAAGUUCGCAGUCGCGCAACCUACUCAGGGUUCGUAUACUGUCUGUGUCCGAGACCGAAUAUGGGCCUUCUAAACUCUUAAAUACAACCCUUUCCUCUUUUAGGUCAUCAGGACGCUGUCCCGUGGACGGUCAAGUGUUGGAGCGCAGCGAGGUGACCGUGGACAAGCAGAUGCAACGUGAAUUGGACCACCUAGGUGUGAAGUGCAAUUACUUCGAGCAAGGUUGCACCUGGACAGGCCUGGCCAGCGAGUUGGACGAACACUUGGAGGACUGCCAGUGUCGCCUGGUCACUUGCGUCUACGACUGCGGUGUAGAAUUCGAGGUCGGUAUUCUACUUUUCUGUCUUUGGACAGUAUCCAUCAGUAUCUGUGUGCCACCUAUAUCCCAUAGUAUGUUAGAAGCGGGCUUGUCAAGGGCAGCGGGGUGUGCGACUUUUCGAUUGGACAUUUCAAGGUCACGCAUUCAGAUGGUCGAUUAUGACUUCGAUGCGCUUUAAGUCACUGCAAGCGAAUACCUUUUUAAAAGCAGAUGGCUCAUUGGCAUCCUUCGGAAUGCAUGGCACGACAGACAGGCCCUGUUAAGGAAUAAAAUAGACUAGAAAUGAAUGAACGACUUUUUUGAAAACUCGCUUCGUCCGGUGGGGCCUCGUAGCUCAGAUGGUUAGAGCGUUGGCUGUACUAAAGUCCUCCCCUUACUGCGCGGGUUCGAAUCCCACCGAAAUGCCGAGUUUUUCACAGUUAGGUCAAUAUGAAUGUAUAAUAUUUUAGUUUACUAAGGGGUUUACUUGCCGUUUCAAUUUUCUAAUGUACCGUUUGAGACCGCUGUUUCACAUUAAGCAUUUCUGCCAGCUGAAACAGGAAGCCAACAUCAGGCUAACUGCCUGAACAAUAUCUUUUGACGGUUUCUCGAGCGGUAGACGAUUUUCGAAUUGUCGGUUUUUGAGUCUUCCACACAUUUUCCAAAAGCAGGCGGGCAGCAGACGGAAUUAGGUCGCGAGACCUUGGUAUAUCUUAGAUUUGAAAAAGACAGUACAACUCGCGGGUACAAAACUCCUUGCUCUUUUGCAACUGCAAGGUUUUGAAAUUCACAACUGCUGUACUUCACUCAUUUAAGAUAAUAAGUAAAGAUAGAGUUUGAGGAAGGGGAUAUGAGCAUCAAGGCUUGACUUAAGCCUUUAUACUUCCACACUUCAAAUUUCUGGGGUAAAGUUCUGCACCAAAUGUCCUCCUUCUUCCUACUUUGUCCGUUCUUAUACUUGUCCCCUCAAUGUGAUCGGUAUAACCGUUGACAUCAUUGCUGUCGCUAAAACCGCCGCCGCCGCCGCCGCCGCCGUCACCACCACCACCACCACCACCACCACCACCACCACCACCACCACCACCACCACCACCACCACCAUCACCUCUCGUUUGCAUUCCCUAAUAUACAUCUUUGCUUUUUUGGACGAUUGCUACAUGUGGGUUUAAUUCGAAAUCUGAUGAGGUUUGGUGUCUGUUUGAUUUUCCCCAUCUGUCGUGCAGCUGCGCUUCUUGGAGCAGCAUCUCAGGUCGGACUGUCCUCGUCGACCGGUGGUCUGCCAGUUUUGUCAGGAGAAGAUUGAGAUGCAGGAGCAGCCCCAGCACACAGAAACCUGCAAACGCUUUCCCAUAGCCUGCCCCAAUGGCUGCAAACGUAGUGAACUGCCCAGGGAGGAGCUGGCUGAACACCUGGCCCUGCACUGUCCCCUGCAGCUCAACAACUGUCCCUUCACGGAGUACGGCUGCACAUUUCGAGGCAAAAAGAAGGCCAUUAGGGAUCACCUAUCGGAGGAGAUGCUGCUGCAUAUGUUGUUGCUGCGGGAUGCACUGCACGAGUUCCGCAACCUCUUGGACUUGCAGGUAUGCAUCCACAUAACCGCAUUUCACCGGAGGGGGUAGGGUGGGCGAAGUGCCGUUUGCGAUGUCUGCUGGGCGGUGGGCGUGGACUGUCGCCAGCUGUCAUGUUGUAUAAAAGGAAAACGACAAUAACAGUCCGUCCGUCGCACACGACCAGCUCUACUACCUGAGACGUCCACUGAGGUUGUUUCUAAUGAAACAGACCCCUGUAUGCCUAUCUCACAUGCGCCUAGAAUACCCAUUGCACCGGCUACUGUAGGGCGGAGGACCCCAAUUAGACGUCGGUGGACUGUGGAUCGUGUACUUAUGCAUGAAAUGUCAAAUGAAAUUCCGAAAUUCCGUUUCGUUCCGAAAAGGUAAAUUAAGUAGGUUUGUAAAUCUAAUCAUCCUGCAGCAUAAUUCUAUAAUAAUUCAGUUACCUCAGGAUGCCGGCUUUCGAACCAACUUCUUUCCGGCUGCAUGCAAAAACUGUACUCUCUCAAAGAUGACUACUUAUGUAGCAUGCACUUUCCUUAUUGAUUUUCGAUGCCAUUAAAAAUUCAAUUAUAUUUCAUAGAAAAUAUGCAUGCAAAUAUUCAUUCUUUUGCUCAUUUGGCAGAAACUUACGCCUUUCUCCAAUUUUGUACUCGAAGGAAGGGCAUAAUUCAGUUUUCAAAUUUCCGACUAAAUUUGAACCCAACCUGCCGUCACGCUUGCAUUCAGGGUUUCCAAACUACAAGCCGUGUAGAUUUCGCCCACAGAAAACCACACAUUUCUCUACAGUAUUAAGAGGAGACCAUAUGGGUUUCAUAAAAUACAACGAUAGAUUUAAGCCAAACUGUCAACUUAUCAAGCCACGUUGGUAAUUGCGGAGACAAGGCGUUUUAUGAACGGCCAUUUCACGGUAUUAAAAAAUUCCACAAUGAGAAAUUUUCUAGAAACAGAAUUAUACCCUUUUGGAGUAUAAAAAUGGAAGAAGACGCAAUGUUCUACCGAAUGUGCGCAAGAAUGAAUAUUUUUGUGUGUGCUUUUCAUGAUAAAUAGUUGAUUUUUUAAGGGCAUCGAAAAUCCAUGGGAAAAUGCAUGCUACGAUAGUAAUCAUUUUUUCCACAGUGUGGCUUUCGCACGCAGCCGGAAGAAAGUUCAUUCAAAAGCCGGCAUCCUGAGGUAGCUGAAAUAUUAUACAAUCAUUUUGCAGGCUGACUACUUUUACAACACUACUUAAGUAAUCUUUUCGAAACGAAAACUCAUUUCGGAAUUUCAGUUGACAUUUCUUUAUUUAGCCCACAUACUGUACUUGCAUUAUAUAUCUGAGUACUGAUGACUGAAGGUUGCACUUAAGACCAGAGGAACAAAAAACGGAGAUCAGCUGAGCAUGACGUUUACGAUGACAGAAAUGUCUGCCGGGGCAUAGGCCCAGUUGUGCGAAGGUCAGGCACUUUUUCAAGCUGGAUACAGUAUCUGCAUACAUUCAUCAUUUUACUCGAAAGUAUCGAUUUUGCCCUCGAUCGUCUUCUAUGUUUUCCUGCAUUCCGUCAACUUGCCGUCCGGCCUGCUGCGCCGCCAUCCACCACAUUCCCGUAUGACACAAUUAACAGUAUACUGACAGCCAAUCGGGAUCCUUCAUAUUAUUGUUGCUCCACCGUCUUCCAGUGGUCACAGGGGGCAUAUACGGGUGUGGGUUGACUCGUGAAAUGUCAACCGAAAUUCCAAAAUGCGUUUCCGUUUUAAAAAGAUUAACUGAGAAAGAUUGUAAAACGAAUUAUCAUUAAUAAUUUAGUGGCCAGAGAAGGUCGGCUUUCGAACGAACUUCUUUACGGCCGCAUUCAAAAACUGUACCCUGCGAAAAUGACUACUUAUGUAGCAUAAAAUGUUCCCAGUCAUUUUCGAUGCCCUUAAAAAUUCAGAUAAAGUUAAUAGAAAACAUACAUGAAAAUAUUCAUUCUCUUGCUAAUUUGGUAGAAAAUUACGUCCUCUUCCAAUUUUAUACCCGAAGGAAGGGCAGAUUUCGGUUUUCAAAAACUUUUCCAAUUUCAGAAUAAUAUUGCAUCCGCUCUACCGGUACACUUGGAUUCAGAGUUUCCGAACUACAAGCCGUAUAUUUUCCGUGUACGGAAAACCACACUUUUCUCCACGGUAAUAAAGGGGGACUGUAUAGUGUUCAUAAAAUUUAACAGUGGAUUCGAUCCAUAUUGUUAACUUUACAAGCCACAUUGGUAAAUGCAGAGGCAAAACAUUUUAUGGGCGGCCAUUUCACGGUGUUAAAAAUCACAAAUUUAGAAACUUUUUUAAAACGGAAUAAUACUUUUCUUUCGAGCAUAAAAUAAGAAGACGAUGUCAUUUUCUACCGAAUGAGUAUUUUAAUGCAUGGUGUCCAUGAAAUUUAAUUGACUGAUUAAGGGCAUCAAAAAUUUCUGCGAAAAAUGCAUACUAAAUAAGUAGGCAUUUUUUUACAGAGUGAAGGUUUCGCAUGCAGCUGGGAGGAAGUUCAUUCGAAAGCCGACAUCCUGAGGUAACCGUAGUAUUAUAGAAUUAUAUUUUACAACCCUAAUUAAUUGAUCUUUUUGCAAAGAAAGCGCAUUUUGGAAUUUCGGUUGACAUUUCAUGAGUAAGCCAACUUAUUGCAAAUGAGUUUGCAGUGGGGCAGACUUGCGUGCGGCGUCUACCGCCAACUCUUCCCUCACCUAUCAACCUUUGAUGUCGAGGCAAUUUCAAGACGACCGGGUGGUAGACUUUGGGAGCAGGGAUUGACAAGGCUAGGCACCCACUCGACCUGCUCGCCACACGUGUCGAGUUUUUGCUGAAGGGGAGUUUAGAUCAAAUGCCCAUUAAAGUGUCAUAGAGGUUACAUCAAGCAGAAGCCCGUGGGCCUGAAUGCCAUCUCUUAAGCCCUUAACCCCACACAUACACACCGUACCGACUACGAGAACUGAUUUAUCCAGUCAGCUGGCGACCUUCCAAGCCACGAUUUUUUCGCGAUGUGAUAAUUUCAAGGCGCUUUGGACUUUCUACGAUGAGGGAUGUGCUUAAGGAAACAGAGCAAGUGUGUCAGGAUCACCGACGACCACUGAAUCAGAACUGGGCGGUACAGUGUCCCUAACCCUCAGUAGCGACGUUAUGCGAGGACAAGCUGAUUCAGUACCCUCGUGCGCCCUCUCUCGCUUCGAAAUAACGUUUCCAGCAAGGGUGAUGAAAAGAGGGAUAGUCACUAACUACUAACUCCCGUCGGUCUGGUAAAUCCCCCCUUUCCAUGCGAUAGCUUCGAGUCAUACUCAUAAAGAUACGAAUUACCAUAGGUACUACAGUAGAUGUGCUAACUCAUGAAAUGUCAAUCAAAAUUUCGAAAUGCGUUCUCGUUUCGAAAAGAUAAAUUAAGUAGUGUUGUAAAACAAAUCAUGAUGCAGCAUAAAUCUAUAAUGAUCCAGUUACCUCAGGGUGUCGAAAGAACUUAUUUUAGACUGUAUGAAAGAUGGAUACUCUGCAAAAAAUGACUACAUAUGUAACAUGCAAUUUUCUCAGAGAUUUUCGAUGUUCUUGAAAAUUCAAUUAUAUUUCAUAGAAAACAUGCAUAAAAAUAUUCAUUAUUUUACUCAUUCGGUAGAAAAUCACGUCUUCUUCCAAUUUCAAACUCAAAAGAAGAGUAGAAUUCGGUUUUAAAAAGUUUCAAACUGUGAGAUUUUUUAAUAACGCUAAAUGGCCGUUCAUGAAACGUCAUGUAUCUGCAUUUACGAAUGUGGCUUUAAAAGUUAAUAAUAUUGCUCAAAUCCACUGUUUAAUUUUAUGAAACUCAUAUGGUCUCCUCUGUACACCGUAUAGAAAUACAUGGUUUUCCGUACACGGAAAAUAUACAGCUUGUAGUUUUGAAACCCUGAAUGCAAGUGUAACAGCAGGUCGGUUUCAAAAUUAUUCGGGAUUUAGAAAAGUUUUCUAAGACCGAAUUCUACUCUUCUUUCGAGUAUGAAAUUGGAAGAAGACGUGAUUUUCUACCGAAUGAGUAAAAGAAGGAAUAUUUUUAUGCAUGCUUUCUAUGAGAUAUAAUUGAAUUUUCAAGGACAUCGAAAAUCAAUGAGAAAAUUGCAUGCUACAUAAGCAGUCAUUUUUUGCAGAGUAUAGAUCUUGCGUGCAGCCGAAAAUAAGUUCUUUCGAAAGCCGACACCCUGAGGUAACCGGAUCAUUAUAGGUUUAUGCUGCAUGAUGGUUAGUUUUACAACACUACUUAAUUUAUCUUUUCGAAACGAGAACGCAUUUCGAAAUUUUGGUUGACAUUUCAUGAGUUAGCACAUCUACUGUACGUUAAAAUGGAACCACCCAGCCUUUGUCGCCACACAAUGGACCAAGCACGGCCGUCGAUUAAGGAAAAAGUAUCUGGUCUGCCUUUUUGCUGGAAUGCAGCCAAUUAACGAGAAAAUUUGGCUCGUGACUUCUGUUGUACGAUGCACGGCGAUGUUAAUCCGUUUUGGCCGGUGAGGACCGACACAAUGUCAGAAAACGGCGAGAACUUGUGCAGACACGGAAAGUAGCCUCCCGCAAGGCGGGUGACCUUGAGCUAGCCUCCAGGACGGGCAUCUAUUCCCGUGUAUUUACCCUUAUUUCCCUAAAAUGUGACCUUAGACCGCCCAUAUCAUACCGUCACGUCUCAUAAAACAUGGGGCUUGAUCCACGUCUAGUUCAAUAACUUGUGAGCUCUGUGGCGCCCUAGUAGUGUUGUAGUCAUCCGACAAAACCUCAAAUAGCAGGCCAAAACCGGAGGCAUCGGAGGGGGGGGUUUGUCAUGGACAGAAUCCCGUGUUGCUACCUCGGCCUGAGCAGGUGCUAACGGUAUUAAGUCAUGACUGAGACAGAGAGAGAGAGACAGCAGUGUCUACUGCUUUUAUGGGUCUGUGGGAGCGAGUCCAAGUGCUCCGGUGGUGGCAUGCUAAACUGGGACACAGACGGCUCUAGCUGUCUGAAUAGGUGCGUAUACUCAUAUUACAGUCGUUCAGAUAGUAGAAUCAGUGCGUCUGGAAUCGCUCGCUGAGGAGCAUUGAUCGAAGUCGCCGAGCAUCACAAUGGCAACCGUUAGCCAAAGUUCUGGACGGCCUCUUCGGCAGAGCACGGAGGGAUGCAUGAGGGGCUCUUGAAAUAACUCACGUAACACGUAACUCAGAAAUCUUUGAGGAAAAGGAAGUGCCAACCGGAUCAUGGGCAUUGUUUGUCUGACGUUUUGAAGAACUUGGGCGGCUCUCCAACAUCAAAGCGUCUAGUGCAAAAAUCGAUCAGAAUUUUGAAUAAACAGCCGAAUUAUUUGGCCUUGGGCUGAUCGAUUUUUUCCUCUCUCGUCGCCUUGGCCUACUGGCCGUCUUUUGUGGGUUUUGGUGGCCUCCGGUUUUGUGUGUCGUCACCUCCAUUGGGGGUAUUCGCGUUUGUGUCCCGUUUUUGGGUGAAUUGGUCGAUCAGCCAAAGGCCAGCUAAUUCGGCUGUCUAUUCAAAAUUCUGAUCGAUUUUCGCACUAAAGGCUUUUAUAAUGUAGAGCAGCCCAAGCUCUUCGAAACGUCAGCCAAACAAUUCCCAUGAUCCGGUGAGCGCUCCCCUUUCCUCAGAUUAUCGACCCGGAUCUCUUCCUUUUGCUAACCUAAGCUCAAAAUAUCUUUAAUUAAGCAAGCACGCAGGUAUUAUAAAAGAUACCUAGUGUCAAAGUACUUUAUGUUUCAGGUACAGUCUUAAGUUGAAACGCCGUUUUCCAAAAUGUGCGUAAGAUAAGAACCCCAAGCGUAUCUUUUCCCAUAAGUACGAAUAGAUUUUUUGGGUUUCGAAGAUUCGUUUUAAAAUAACCUUUCAGAAGCAAGCCGCCAUGCUGACAGGUAGGGCUGAGGUCGAUAUCAUGAUUAACCCAGAUUAACCCUCCGACCUCUCCAGGGUGGUCUUUUGCAAGUAGAAAUACGGAGACAUUUUGAUCGACAUCGUGCAAGCUUCGUCACAUGUUGUUCGCGGGCAACGACACAUCGCCGCUUGAAUUGUAUGAGCCUAACAGUCAGUCUGCCCAGAAUCAACCUAAGUUCCUGGUAUGACGUUCUGCAGUGGUCUGUUGUGAAUCAUUGACCGGAAGGUGACCAGUAAUGUAGGGAUCGUCAGAAAUCUUGAGUGACCGGUAGUUCCAAUCUUUCAGAACUAAUGUUCAAAUACCCAUCCUUUGAUUGGUAACGUUUGUCUUCCAUAGUCUGACAAGCACCUACAGACAUUCUGAAUGCUGCGGCCGUUGUCUUAUCCUAGUUUUGCUAAAAGACAGCCUUCGAGAUGUCGCUCAAAACUUAACAGAUGGUUCGUGAUGGUGGUAUUUGGAAACAGUCAGUUUAAAAACAUGCAUGUAAAGGUGUCUUUGACGCUCGAACACGCCUGCACCUCUUCUGUUCCCGACCUCACAUGGAAACGGUGUUCUUCAGUCUGUCAUGACUGCAGGUCCGAAUACGUGGGUUUCCUUUUAGCCAGGCAGUCGGCUUGGAGCAGCCACAAACAGUUACAUUACGAAGAUAGAACAACGGCCGGAAAUCGACAACGGUAAAAACAACAGAAGACAAGGAUUGUCAUUUCCGGCUUACUCGAAGUCAUCAGAGAGCCGUAACUCACCCUAGAGCCCAAAAUAGGGAAUUUGACCCGGGUUCAGUUGGCCCUUUGGUUCUGGACCUAGUCUGCGUCAUUGGAGGUCAGGAAGUCCGAUUUAGGCUUAGAUGCCUUUAAACGUGUAGGAUUCUGCAUUUUUUACACUGGAUGAUACGAAACUGCUAUGACUUAGCUCGAUCUGACGGUUACGGUAGUUUGUGCCUAUGUUGGUUUUGCCGCCUUCCUAUAGAAUGCUAACUAUGGAAACACGUACAGUGCGUGACCUAUCUCAUGAAAUGUUGGCUGAAAUUCUGAAAUGCGUUUUCGAUUAGGAAGGAUUACUUGGUCGCGGUUGUAAUACUGAUUAUCUUAAGGCAUACUCUUAUAACAUUUUGGACUCGGCAGGAUGUCGGCUUUUAAAGGCACUUCUUUUCAAUCUUCUGUAGAAAGUGCGCUUGGUAAAAAAUGACUGCUUAAGUAGCAUGCAUUUUUCCCAUUGGUUUUCGAUGGUUUUGAAAAUUUGAAUAUAUCUUAUAGAAACCACAAACAAAAAUAGACUUCCUUUUAGUCAAUCAAUAGAUAAUCACGUCUUCUUUAUAUUUUAUACUUAAAGAAGGAGUAUAAUUAGGUUUUAAGAAGGUUUUCUGAUUGCCGACUAAUUUGGAGCCUAAUCAUUCGUUGCAUUAACGCUUAGUGAUUACAUUCUACAAGGUGCAUGCGUUCCGCGUAAAGAAAAUCCCAUAUUUUUCUAUGUCCUUAAAGAGAUAUCAUACCGGGUCCAUAACAUUUUGCAAUGGAUGCGGAGCAUGUUGUACAUUUCAUGAGGAGCAUUGGUAAACGGCCAGGUACGAUGCAAUAUGAAUGGACAUAUCGCGGUCUUAAAAAGUCUCAUAAUUAGAAACUUUUUUAAAACCUAAUUAUACUUCUUCCUUAAGUAUAAAAUAUGAAGAAGGCGUGAUUCUCUAUUGACUGACUAAAAGAAAGCACAUUUUGUUUGUGGUUUCUAUAAGAUAUAUUCAAAUUUUCAAAACCAUCGAAAACCAAUGGGAAAAAUGCAUGCUACUUAAGUAGUCAUUUUUUACCAAGCACGCUUUCUACAGGCGAUUAGAAAAAGUGCAUUUAAAAGCCGACAUCCUGCCGAGUCCAAAAUGUUAUAAGAGUAUGCCUUAAGAUAAUCAGUAUCACAACCGCGACCAGAUAAUCCUUCCUAAUCGAAAACGCAUUUCAGAAUUUCAGCCAACAUUUCAUGAGAUAGGUCACGCACUGUACGUGCCGUUCCACUGUUCCUUUGGUAUAAUUCCGCUCAAGUGUGCAUUCCUGAUUGACAGUGUGACUGACAAACGUUCAUGCAAUAGUUGGAUAAAAUUGCUUUCUAAAUGAAGAUUAGGAAACUCUUUUGCUGGCUAAAUGUCCGAAUUAUGGGCUUUAGAAAAACAAGGUAGGCUGAUUGUACCAGUUUUACUGGUUCCGAUGCUGUUGUCAAGAUGAUAUUUGCCUUGAAAAGUAGCCUUUUUCCAAAGACCAACUGUUUUCUGCGUGGUCUCAUGGUUAACUGAACAAUUGUUCCGUCGCCAUGGCAACAUGUGUCUACUGAAUGCAAAGCGACAUGUAGGAGGAGGAAGGGGUUCGCGUGUUUUUUGUUUUCCCAUCUUUUCUGAAAACGUUUAUUGAAGUCAUGUGUGCUUGGAAAAACACACCACAAUAUAUAAUAUUUUGGUGCGCUUUGCCAGACCAAGGACAGCGUAUCAGAACGAUCACGUAAGCAGUAUUAUUCGCGUUGCUUGAUGCCUAUUGAAUAUGUACAUUGCGGUGUCCCCUAAGGCAAACGGAAGUGACCGACCUGAGAAAGUUUACAGAACGAUGAUAUCGAAUCGCAUGCAAUUAUCUGUGUAGAAAUGAGAAGAGUGAUGGAGAUGUUACGAAUUACAGGAUGCUUGAAAUUUCCAGUUAGAAGAGAGGCAGUUUUCUUUUUUAGAGGCCGGCAUAUGAACAAAUGGGGAAGCGAAUAGCACAAGGGACUUGUUUUUCAGACAAACGUUACUAAAAGCAGCAAAGAGGUUGUUUCCUGGAAACAGUCAUGGAGAAGGAGACUCGAUUGCUUGAACAAGAGCUUUAUUCGCCUGACGUUUCGGAUUUCUGCUCGAACUAAUUAUCAGAGACAACUGCAGCUACGGGUAUUUUGGGUAUUUAUGGGAUGCAGUCGCCAUGCUACCGCAUACCUAGGACUAUUUACGGCUCCCCUCCCCUUCAACAGGGAUCUUUGCACUCGGUGUGCUGACUGUUUGAUGGCUGAGAUUCGAGUCGUUAAUCCUUUCCGUUUCAUCACAUGUGCUGGAUAUUGGUGUGAUGAUUGCUCGACCAUCUGGCACAUCGACUCUGACCUUGUGGACAGUGUUCACUUGUGCGCUCCCCGCGUGGCUUGUUCUUCGACCUAGGCGAAGUCUCAGCACCGAGUAUGGAAGAGGAAGGUCACCGGUGCUACGGCCACUUGCUGGGGCACGCAGUGAGCAUUGUCGCUUGCAACGGUCCAAAUGUCGCUCGUGGAGUCUCCUGGAUGGAGAUGCACGCACAUGGGCGUCUGUCGUGCAGUUACCUCAAGGCGGCUGGUUUGUCUUUCAGGUCGGCAGAUCCGAAAUGGCACCGUGUGGCAUUGUGGCAUUGCAAGCAGUGCCAAGGAUUUUGCGAGCAAUGACACCUGCUGACUUAAAACUGUACAUGCGAACACUUGAUGAUCGCCUAUACUCCUCUGAAGCAUCGAAGAAAUUGUGAACUUGACAACGGACAAGGCGAUGAGACCAUACGACUGGCGGGCACGUGGGUCAUAUGGGAUGCUUCAGUUGCAAAUGUGGACUUCUCCUCCUAUCGCAACGGACCACACAGUCUAUUGCCGCGGUAGAUGUAACUGUAGCAAGAAUUUUCUCAUGUUACGAAUUAUUCGGCGGGGACAUUUACCGUUGGUGGAGGGACACUCACCGAUAGUUUUUAAGGACCUCACUCGUCUCGUUGUGCAUUACGGUCACUCUCAAAAACCCAACCAGCAGCCCCAUGGAUGCGCCACCGUGCGGCUGCUGGUUGGGCUCGAGAGAGAGAGAGCCUGUAAAGCACAGCGGGAUGAGUGAGUCUCUUAAGAACGAUCGGUGAGCGCCCCUCCAUCAUUGUAUAUUCCCAAUUGAGGCCGACAGGACAACAAGCCCGUUACUCAGUGAUUAGAGGCGUUAGACUUCUAAGCAACAGGUCGCAGGAUCGUGUCCCAGGUGUUCCACACCUACGGGUUGGGUAUGACUGGCUGACGAUAGCUAGUAAGCCAGAUAGGGCGAUUCCAGUCCCCAUUUGUCGGUAGUACCAUUCUAAUUUUACUGUUGUCAGAACUCCUCAAUUAAAUAGAUUGUAGCUACGCUUCUGUUCAGUCUGACAAUGGGCUGCAUUUACUAAUACUAACUAAAGAUCAACCAGUCAGGCUCUAUCUUUAUCCAGACCAUCGAAUAAUGUUCAUCCGCCUGCAGGUUCAGGCCGUCCACGAAAGUCAGGCAACCAUCAAGAAAUUACAGACGAAACUACAGAGGAGUGAAGCCUACUUUGAGCCUUCGUUCAUCUGGCGCAUCGAGGGCUACCGCCAGAAGUUCGAAGAGGCACAGCAGGGCAAACGGACUGCCCUCUUCAGUCAACCCUUCUACAGGUACUUGCCACAAUUGCCAAGUCGAUUAUUCUGCUGGACUAUUUGACCAAUCGGUUCGGUGAAAGUUCUUGUUUUCACAGACAGAGGUCUGGCAACAACCAACCUAAACCAGCGAUAUAGGUCAGUACGGACUAGGAGGUUUGGAGUGCCAGACUCUUGGUAAAUUCAGUUCAGUUGCACUUUAGUUGAUUGGCAAAUGAAAGAUUAACGCAAACUGUCCUACACCGGUUAAUAAAGGCUACUGAUGGAAAGUGAGUAGCUUGUACAGGCGGCAUUAAAUUGACCAAUAUGAGGUCACGACUUAAUUGAGAGGAAGUUACUUGCAUUGGACUUCAGCGGUUAGAAACAAAAAAAUCGUUAAUAAUUACGAAUAACAGAGAUCUGGGAGACUAGAAUGACGAGUAUGACCUCCUUUUACGACGAUAGCCCAACCCCGGAGUGGGGUGACCGAGUCCAUGAACGGGACCUCCACAAGAGAAGCUAAGGCUAGAACCCGUAGUCUGCCAUCCGGUUUAAGAUACCUUUGGUUCAGCUCAAAAUUCAGCAAGGCCGCCAAAAGUGAGCAUUUGCGUCUAUAAUGCGUUUGUCCACCGCUAUGUGUGAGCUCUUGUUAGGAUUUUUGGACAAAAGAUAAAUGCUUUCAUUUGUCCACUAGACAAGUAAAAUAAGUUAUGGCCACUCCUGAAAACCCACUCACAUAUUUUACGCUUUCUCGCAAUAGAUUUCAACAGCUUCAACUAUAUUGUUCUACGAGAAACAGUUGACAAACAUUUUGUUUCUUAGUUUCGUUUUUUACAACCUUACGCACUGUUAACUGUUCUCAUAUGUUAUAAAGAAAUAAUCAGAUUUGGGAAAUCAUAAUUGUGAGGCCGUACCAGAUAUCAUUUGGUAAGUCCCCCAAUGAUAUUCCUGUCAUGUUCCUUAAACCUGCCUGCAGAUCCUGGCAUUUGGUGCCUAUCUGGAUGUUAACGUGAAUGAAAUGUAUUGAGCCGCCUUAAGUGAAUGUACAUCUUAAGUGAUUGUGAAACCGCGAGCAGAUAAGUCGCAGUCAAAAAACGCAAAAACAGUUCAGCAUUAUCCCGGCGGAAAUCCUCAUUUCCUUCAGAUAACCGGUUUUUGAGGAUAACAUUUCCUAAAGCACUACCGAAAAAGUAUUCUGUCAUUCAUGGUUUACAUGAUGAAUGGUUGGUAUCAAGUAACCUGACUGGAUAAAGUUAGUGGAUCGUGUGAUAACACUGCUUCAGUCGUCCGCUUCAUUCUGGCACGCAAUUUCACGUAGGUCGAUGGGCAGUCUUUCGCCGGACAUUUCGAGGAUCUGCAUGAUGACCAAGGGACCAUAUGGUAAAUGCGCCUGACUAACACCAAUACGAGAGGUAGGUCGGAGUCUGACAGGCGUUGUCGGCAAUGCGCACUCAUAACAAAUGACAACAUUAGGGAUGUGGCGACAAGCUCAGCUACAAACUCAUGCCGCGCCAGUCGGGAUCCGAGCCGCCGAUUCCCUUAUUUCUUGUUGUGUCCUGGCCGGUGUAUGCUGUGGGACAUCGGAUGUGUUGGGUGGAUGUGCGAGUUUUCACCGUGUCACAGAGAAGAAGAAACAGUAAUUAAUGUGGAAGUGGAAUUCCCAAAUUGGUUUGCAUUUGAGCCACGGGUUGUUCCACUAACCUUACGUGCAGCAGGAGUCCAAUACGGAUGCAUGGCACACAGCAACUGGGAUACGCAUGAAAAAUAAAUGUCUCACGUGUACACUGCUGUGUCAAGCCAAGGCGCAGGCCCAAAGCACAUCAGUCACUUACAGUAGGUGGGCUAACUCAUUAAAUGUCAACCGAAAUUCCGAAAUGCGUUUUCGUUUAGAAAAAAUUAACUAAGAACGGUUGUAAAACUAGUCAGCCUGCAACAUGAUUCUAUAAUAUUUCAGUUACCUAAGGAAGCCGGCUUUCAAACGAACUUCUUUCCAGCUGUAUGCAAAAACUACACUCUGUAAAAAUGACUACAUAAGUAGCAUGUAAUUUUCUCCUUGGUUUUCGAUUACCUCAAAAGUCCAAUUAUAUUUCAUGGGAAACAUGCACAAAAAUAUUCAUUCUUUUGCCCAUUCGGUAGAAAACUACGCCUUCUUCUAAGUUUAUACUCGGAGCAGGGACAUGAUUCGGUUUUAAAAAAAGUUUCUAAUCGUGAGACUUGUAAAUGCCUUGAAAUGGCCGUCCAUAAAUCGUCAUGUCUCUGCAUUUACCAUUGUGGCUUGUAAAGUCAACAAUAUGGCUCAAAACCCCCGCUAAAUUUUAUGGACCCCCAUAUGGUCCCCUUUCAGUACCGUGGAGAAAUAUGUGGUUUUCCGAACGGAGAAACUAUACGGCUAGUAGUUUGGGAACCCUAAAUCCAAGAGUAAAUGUGGAGCGGAUUAAAAAUUGUUCGGGACUGGGAAAGUUUGUAAAAACCGAAGUAUACCCUUCCUUCGAGUGAACGAUUGGAAGAAGACGUAAUUGUCUACCGAAUGAACAUUAAAAUGAAUAUUUGUGUGCCCGUGUUCCAUGAAAUGUAGUUGAACUUUUACGGGCAUCAAAAAUCAAUAAGAAGAAUUCAUGCUACGCAUGUAGUCGUUUUUUUACUGAGUGUGGUUCUUCCAUGCAGCCGGGAGGGAGUUAAUUCGAAAGCCGGCAUCCUCAGGUAACUGAAAUAGUAUAGAAUUAUGUUGCAGGCUGGCUAGUUUUACAGCCCUCUUUAAUCAGUCUUUUCGAACCGAAAACGCAUUUUGGAAUUUCGGUUGACAUUUCAUGAGUUAGCCCACCUUCUGUAGGUGCGAGUUUUUGCCGUGCGCUCUCUCCUGCUCCCUGUAUCCUUGACUCUGUCUUGACACCGGUCCACGGUGGGGAGGAGAGAGAGCGCGGUAGAUGCUGAGAGAGUCUGCCAUCACACUAAACUAACACACGGGCUAGCCAUCAUCCCGGCUUUCGCCCUGCCGUGGUGCAAACGGUGAACAUCGUCGGCAACGACGGCCGAACAGUCAAAUGGUGAUCUUAUGGCGCCUGACAAGUCCCUCAAACCGAGGGUCGCUGUCUUAUGUCCGGCCAGUCAAGUAGACAUGCAGGGCACGUUUUCCGGUGGGCGGACGUAUGCGCCUCUCGUUCGGUUAUCACCUAGCUCAAACUUAUUCCUCGUCCUCGUAGUGGAUACAAUUCUUCCUCUACUGGCGCCUGGAUGCACCUUUAAAGGAGACUGUGGUGAAGACAUUGACAAGGUCCCCUCGAGCUACCCUAAGCUACUGGGCCAGCGCCUGUUAGCAACAGCAGAAGCGGCCGCCAUAAGGUUACGAAAACCGACCAUAUGCGCCCAAAAGAUCCUUGUUCAGGCUCCGCGCUUACCGUGGUCAAAGGUUGACUAAUCACAUACAACUUUCUGCUCCCUUCCGCUCUUGCCUAUCCUGGAAUUUAAAAACCUAACUUUUAUCGAUUUUUGUUUCACUCACUGUACCCCGCCCUAUGUAACUGCAUUGGCCUGAUGAGAAUUUAUCGAAAGGAACGUUCACUCGCCACUGUCUCUUCUGAACAUAGUGAUGGGGAUUUUCACAACUUUAAAUGACAAAACUUUUAUAACGCCCAUAUGUGCCACUCAACCGCUCGCAAUCGCGGGCUACUUGUCUGUUUUGAAUUUCAGCGCGCUUGUUAGCAGAUACAAUUAAAACUUUUUACAAACAUUUAUUACAAAUGAUAAGUGCAACGAUCAGCAUAACUAUUCCAAACUAUGUGCCACUCACACACUGCGUCGGACGGUAGAGUGAUGUACUUUUUCGAGGCGUCACUGAAUAUUUGACGUAGGAUUUUUGAAGUCGCCUUCCUCAUAUUAUUCCAAUGUGCUUUCAAGUGCACUGGUUAAAGGAUUUCGGCAAAAAAGGAAAUAUUGAGUGUGCGUAGGCUGCCUCAAAUCCGACUGGAGAAGCCUCCAUGCAAUUUUGCAGAACAAGCUGUGUCUGAGGCGUUUACUCUUACACAUCGAUCGAUCAGUUUGUGGGGUAUCAUUAGUGUCCAUGGAUUGGACACAAUCGUGCAUUGAUUCAGUCCGGUCAUUUCAUUGGCUGAUGGGUGAGGAACAUGCCGUUGCCACUCCACCCAUUGGAUUCAAGGCGUUGAACAUCCAUUCAAAAUGGUCCCUUGUCAACGGGAGGUCUAGUGUAAUAGAUUAAGGUUACAGAGUACGCUGGUGUACGACUGCUCGCAUCCGGUAGGUGCUGGGAUAUGCAUUCAAACAUCAGAUCGCGUCGGCCUAAAGCGUUAAAGUGAACUGUCUUUGCGACCACCGCUGGCGUUCACAGUAUAAAAAACCAAAUCCAAAAAUUUCUGUAGGCUUCGUCCUCACAGUAUAGGGCUGGUAUUCUUCCUUUGUCGAUGGUCAGCAUAGAGUAAGCCGCUCAAUUCAUUACCUUGAUCCGCUCAUCCUGGUUAUAUAAGCUUGAAUGCAGGGUGCAUAUGAACAGAUUGAAAGUUGCACUGAAACUACCUGUUUUCCCUCCUUCCGUAACGGAGAGUGCUGAAACGUAUAUUUUGAGAAGGGCACCAGUCUAAUUGUCAUACAUUGUCAGAACAUACCAACACACACCAUCUUUCCCAACUCCCAUGAAACAUACGAAUUAAUCUAGACAGGCCUUACAAUCACUAAGAUAUUCGAUUUACUGUUAGCCACAUUCGUUAGAAAUUGUAACAUCAGCCUUUUCUUGCCGAAAAUGACUCACGCCCCAAGGAAUAGAAGCUAUAAAUGCAACAGUCGAGAAAUAACAAGCCGGAAGUCAAUAAAAAAGAGGUUCUUUUCCCUCUCCGGUGUUAAAAAGAAUUUUCUCAGUUAGGAAUUAAUUCCGUUUCACAAGAAACCCUCGAACACAUGACUUACAAACUAUAUUGACUGCAAUCAUUUUGUUUUCAAUAUUCAUCCAGUCAUCGUCAUGGUUACCGUGUGUGUCUGUCGAUUUGUCCUUACGGAGAACAGCGCUACCGCGGAAAGUACUUGUCUGUCUUUGUCUGCCUCUGCCGUGGAGAAUACGACGCCCUCCUCAGCUGGCCAUUUUCAUUCCCGGUAAUAUUUAAAUCAAAUGGCCUACUUCCAAACUACUAGUAGAAUGUUUAGAUUCAAUUUAUAUUAUUAUGCACUAUCUUACAGAUAACUGUAAAGUUGCUGGAUCAGGCUAUAGACCCGACUAUGAGGAAGGAUCACAGCGUCCUAAUAAGGCCGAACCCCAUACCAAGCAACAACGCCUAUUUGAAGCGACCAACAAGCGAACGUAACCAGUGCUUUGGAUCUCCGCGAUUUAUUGAGCUGGAACAAAUGAAUGCCCGGGAGUUCGUUGUGGACAACACCCUCUACCUGAAAGCCCUCUUUGAGAUUGAGACUUAG